UAAAAAUAAUAUCGUAUGUUUCUGUCGGCCGAGUUUCUAGAUUUACCGAAGCACAUUUAAUGGGCAAUAUACUAAUAUCAGAUAACACUGCGCUGAGAAUAUAAUAUUUUAAAUUAGUGAAAAAAAUAAAUAUGGGCCUGGAAAAUCAAGUGGCUUUGGUGACCGGUGCAGCAUCGGAUAUUGGGUACGCUUAUGCAAAAUGUUUACUUCUGAAAAAAGUUAAGGUGUUACUCUGUGAUGUCAAUGUCGACGAAUGUCAAGCUAUAGCACAUCAGUUCCUAAAUGAGUUCCAAAAUAUCAAUAUAUUCUCGACCAAAUGUGAUGUCACUAAUGAAGACGAAUUUGAAAAUGCUUUUAAAACGUGUAUCAAACAUUUUGGUCGAUUGGACAUUGUUAUUAACAACGCUGGUGUUUUCGACAAUUCAAUUGAACGACAAUGGUCUGCCAUAGUCAAUAUUAAUUACGGUGGAGUCGUCAGAGGUACAUUACUGGCGAUCAAGUACAUGGGAAUUCCCAAUGGAGGUAGUGGCGGAACGGUAAUACAGACGUCUUCCUUGUUGGCUUUCAGCGACAAUUAUCAUUGUAAUCCCAUGUACCUGUCUACGAAAAAAUAUUUAAUGGAAUUUACCAAAAGUUUUGGAAAAAAUAAUCAUUUCAGUCUGCAUGGCGUUAAAAUCAUUACCUUGUGCCCGGAGUUUACUUCCACUAAUUGUGUAAGGUCGGUUUGUAAAAACGAAACACUACACGAAAAUGAACGUGUCGAUAAGGUUGAAGACUUAAAAAAUAAUCAACAGAGUACGAAAAUUCAAAAGCCAGGCAAUGUUGGGAACGCUUUGAUUACGAUUUUGGAAUAUGGAAAAACUGGAGAAACUUGGAUUGUCGAAGACAACAAACCACCACGAGUAGUUGAAUAAUAAGUAACAGAAAUAUUCAAUAAUAAUAGUACUUAUUGUAUUUAUUGAUUCAAUAACGAUAGAAAAAAAACCGUUGUAAGGUUUUUAAUUUAAGUCGGUCCUUUUUAUUUUGUAUUAUUGAGGUAAAGGAAAUUCAAGUUGGUGUAAAUUAUAAUUGUAUAUUUGUAUCAUAUAUAUUUUGACUUUGAAGUAAGCGAAAUAAGUAAAAUAAGUAAAACUAUACAAA